AGCCCAACUCCUUCUUGGAUCCCUCUCCAUUAAUAAAAAGAAAGAAACAACUCACUCUUUACACUCAAAGUAACAUAAAAAGUUAGAAAAACUCUCUCUCUCUCUCUCUAUCUUUUCUCAUAUGAAGAAGAGAAGUUCUUCUUCUUCUUCUUCAACAAUAGUUCUUCUUUUUCAUUUUCUAGCUCUACUUUUUAUGGCACUCUUAACUUUUACACCAGAAACAUCAGAGAAUACCCAAAAACAACCUUCUAAAAGGAGGAAAAAACAGCAAAUUAAACAGCAGAAGGAGAAACAAAAGCAACCAUCUUCAUGGGAUCAAUUCAAGAACUUAUUGACUUGCAAACAAAUCGAGAACUCAACAGUUCAUGAUCCCGCUUCCAAAAAUUCCAAGUUAGGUUCUUGCAGUUCCAUUUGUACUUUCAGGGAUGUUGUACAUGGAAACACAAGAGUGGUACACAGAGCUGAUAAUUCACCAGAAAGUAGCAGUUUAGGACAAGAAACUCGAAUUCUAAGCAAGAAUAAAACUUCUCAUCAUCAUGGCCAAUCAUCUUCUUCGAGGUCUCUUGCUAGAUCAAACGGUAGUACUAGUUCCACGUAUACUACUACUACUUCUUCUUCAAGAGGAAUGCAAUUUCGAAAGCUUUCUGGAUGUUAUGAGUGUCACAUGAUAGUUGAUCCUAGCAGGCAUCCGUUACCAAGGUCAACAAUAUGUGCAUGCCCUGAAUGUGGAGAAGUUUUCCCAAAAAUUGAGAGCUUGGAACAUCAUCAAGCUGUUAGGCAUGCUGUGUCAGAACUGGGUCCAGAAGAUUCAAGUCGAAACAUAGUGGAGAUAAUCUUCAAAUCAAGCUGGCUCAAGAAGGACAACCCAAUCUGCAAGAUCGAACGGAUAUUAAAAGUCCACAAUACCAAACGCACAAUCCAACGGUUCGAGGACUGCAGGGACGCCGUAAAGAUACAUGCGGUCGCUACAGGCAAGAAAAACCCAAGAUGCGCCGCUGACGGAAAUGAGCUACUUAGAUUUUACUGCACGAGCCUUACCUGCUCUCUCGGCGCACGUGGCUCGUCCAGCUUGUGCGGCUCCGUACCUAGUUGCGGAGUUUGCAAUCUCAUACGUCAUGGGUUUCAGGGAAGCAAAACUAGUGGGGUCCGCACUACUGCUAGUAGCGGGCGGGCCCACGACUGCCUAGGUAGCGGCAUCGCCAAACGUAGGGCGAUGUUGGUGUGUCGGGUCAUUGCCGGAAGAGUUAAGCAGACGGUGAAAGACGCGGUGGCUUCGCCAACAACAGAGGAGGAGACGUGUUCUGGCUCUGGCUUGUUGGCAAAUGGCUCAGCCAUAUACGAUUCUGUAGCCGGGUACGCGGGGAUCUACUCGAAUCUCGAGGAAUUAUACGUAUUUAAUCCAAGGGCAAUACUUCCAUGCUUUGUCGUGAUAUACGAAGCGUUGGAAUCUUAGCUUUAACGUUUUUCUGUUUGUACUUCAGCUAUUUGUACGGUUUAGUUUGGUGUCUUUUAUUUAAUUUGUUGUGUCUUUAUGUAACUAAUUUUGGGCUGGUUAAAAAUUAUAACACCCGUGAGGUAAUGCUGAUCCAACUAUGAUUUUUGUAUAUAUUAUAAUAUGCUUUUUACAUAUA